AUGAGUAUUAAUAAACGGUCCAAACAAGGGAUCGAUAGUCCACCUGUGAAGACAGUGGGGAAUAUCUUUGAUAAAGUUCAACUUACGAAACUAUUGAUUCACACAUUAAAGGAACUAGGUUAUAAUAACGCCGCUGGCGCAUUACAAGAGGAAAGUGGAGGUGUUCAAGUUGAAUCAAAUGUUGUCCAAAGACUAUUUGGUUAUAUUAAACAAGGGAAAUAUGAAGUGAUUAGUUUUGAUCUAUUGAAUAGUUUAUCGUUAAGAGUCACUAAUCAUGAUCCAGCAAACAAUGGAAAUGUGAACAGAAAUUUUAUAGAUAGAAAUACAUCUAUUAAUAUUAAUGAUAUUAUCUCUUCAGAUUUGAAUAUUGCUGCGGUUACUGCAAAUUUUGAUACACAAUACAAAAUGUUUUUUGAUUUUUAUACAAAUACAACCUUCAACACAGUUAGCUUAAAUCGAUUUAGAAAUAUUUUAGAGAUUAUGAUUCUAAUUAAUAAGCAUUUUUUCGUUGAGAUGAUUUAUGAAGUGAAAGAUUUACCUAGUGCAGUACUAUUCUUAAGAAGUAUUAUUAGAAAAUAUUUGACUCUAUGGGAUACUGUCCUGACAGGUUUACAAACAAAUAUAAUUGAUGAAGAUAUUGUCUUCACUCCUGAAAAAGUGUUAAGGGAAUUAUCUUCUAUUUUAACAAUGCCAGAAGUAACAAUCAAGAACAACAAUAGAGAUAACAACAAUGGAAAUACAGGAACAAACCUAUGGACAGGUUCAGUAAGGAGCUCAAGGCAAGAAUUGAUCGAUAAGAUAUCCUUUUAUAUAAACCCUAAUGAUUUGGUUCCACAAGGUAGGCUCAUAGAAUUACUACGACAAGCGAUCAAAUAUCAAAGAUCGUGCAAUUCAUAUAAUAUUUUUGAUGAUGAAAUUGACGUCGACUUUUCACAAGAAGAUCCAGUAAAUUUAUUACAGAAUAACAUUUCUGAUUUUGAACGAAUAAAUUUUGUUGAACAAAAGACAUUGGCAUCAAACAUGGAUGAAAUUUGGUAUCUGGAGUUUUCACCUAAUGGAAAAUAUUUAGCUGCAGCAAUUGCAAACUCAAUCAGUGACCGUAAGGUAAUUGUUUAUGAUGUUGAGAACGAUUUCUCUGUUUUUAAAAUACUGAGAGGAAAUUCACAGUGUAUAUUAUACUUGUCAUUCUCCAAAGAUAGCAAAUACCUUGUAACUUGCCCUUUCAAUGAACACACAAAUAUUUAUGAUAUCACUUCUGAGGGUGAAACUAUUGAACUAAAUGCAGACAAAGGGGAACCUCCUCAAAGUUCAAGAAGGAACUCUUUAGAAAGUGGAAAAAAGGAAAAAACCACCAUAGAAACUCAAAUUAUUGGCCCAUUAGAUUCAUUUUGUAUACCGAACUCAAGCUCAAAGAUACAAGAAAGAUCAGGUAGUAGUAUGCACAGCACAGGGAAUGAAACAUACAACACAAGCUCACCUUAUAGCGAUACCCAAUCACCAUCCUCUGCUCCAGAUUCAACCACAUCUUCUCGUGCUGCAACCGAUAACUUAAUUGAACAAACCGAAAAUUCCUUAAGAUCAUGGUGCUGUGAUUGGUUUCAUACAGAAAAACAUUCUGGAAAAUUGGUAAUUGGAUCGCCUGACCGAGAUGUAGUAAUAUAUGAUACCAACACACGAGCAAUUAUUUAUCGAUUCUCACAAAAUUGGAACCUGCGUUCAAGAAGAGCAAGUACUUCAGUAUAUAGGGGCUCACAUGGUUCAGAUAACAGUAAUCCAUUAAGACACUCAUCAAGAGAAUCACAAACCGGAGCUGUUGUAAAUAUGUUAAUGGAUGAGCAAUUUCCACGAAUCCAUGACUUGAAAGUUUCACAUGAUGAUAAUUAUCUUUUAUUGAUGACCCAUCAGGGUACCAUCAAUGUUUUCAAUAUUUCAAAUUUACCAACAAAUGAUGAAUUAAAAGGGUUAGGUAACUCUGUAUUGUCUAAUCAUUACUUCAAAAUGGAGACUAAGUUAAAAAUAGGGAAAAAUAUAACCUGUAUAUCACUUCCAAUGCCCAGUUGCGAGAACUACCGUAGACUGUCAUCUUUGGUACUAGUAAAUUUGCAACACAAUGAACUUCAGUUGUGGGAUUACAAAGAGAAUAUUUUAAUACAAAAAUAUUUCGGUCAGAAACAAGAGCAAUUUAUCAUUAGAUCGUGCUUUGGUUUUGACAACAAAUUAGUAGUUAGCGGUUCGGAGGAUGGGAAGGUUUAUAUUUGGGAUCGUUUAAAGGGAAACAUUAUUGGCGUACUUAUGGGACACGCAAAUGAUCGUCUUCCAACAAGAUCUGGAAGUAAUGCUAGAAAGUUCAGUAAAAACUGUAAUGUAGUGGGAUGGAGCCCGACUAACAAGUAUAUGUUCGCGUCUGGUGGUGAUGAUGGUUUAAUUAAAAUAUGGAGAGUAAUCAAGGAUUGA